UUGUUUUUACCCAGGCCGCGGUGCCCAGCUCUCAGCUGGGGCUGCUUGGUUUGGUUGCGUGAGCUGGUGCGGAGAACGGCGCUCGUGUGGCCAGGGAGCCAGGAGGGCCUGAGUGGCGUCGGGAGCGGGUAGCGCCUCCGUUGUCGUCGACCGCCACGAUGUCUGCUCAGUGCUGUGCGGGCAAGUUGGCCUGCUGCUGUGGGCCUGCAGGCUGCUCCCUCUGCUGCGGCUGCUGCCCCAAGGUGCGACAGUCUCGGACCACCCGCUUCAUGUACGCGCUUUACUUCAUCCUGGUUGUCUUCCUCUGCUGCAUGAUGAUGUCACCCACUGUGGCUAAGCAGAUGAAGGAGCACAUUCCUUUCUUUGAAGAUAUUUGCAAAGGCAUUAAAGCUGGUGACACCUGUGAGACGCUGGUGGGGUACUCUGCAGUAUACAGAGUCUGCUUUGGAAUGGCUUGUUUCUUCUUUCUCUUCUGCCUGCUGACCUUGAAAAUCAACACCAGUAAAGGUUGUAGAGCCCAUAUUCACAAUGGCUUUUGGUUCUUUAAACUUCUGCUGUUGGGGGCCAUGUGCUCAGGAGCUUUCUUCAUUCCAGACCAGGAGACCUUUCUCAAAGCCUGGCGCUACGUGGGAGCCUUUGGAGGCUUCAUCUUUAUAGUUAUCCAGCUCCUUUUGAUCGUGGAGUUUGCACAUAAAUGGAACAAAAACUGGACUGCAGGCACCGCCACUAACAAGCUGUGGUAUGCCUCCUUGUCCCUGGUGACGCUCAUCAUGUACUCCGUUGCCGUCGGGGGCUUGAUUGUGAUGGCAGUAUUUUACACACAGAAAGUCGGCUGCAUGGAGAACAAGAUUCUCCUGGGAUUAAAUGGAGGCCUGUGCCUGCUUAUUUCAAUGGUAGCCAUCUCACCCUGUGUCCAGAAUCGUCAGCCACACUCUGGGCUGCUGCAGUCAGGGCUCAUUAGCUGCUACGUCAUGUACCUCACUUUCUCAGCUCUGUCCAGCAAACCUGUAGAAGUAGUUCUAGAUGAACAUGGGAAGAACGUUACCAUUUGUGUGCCCGACUUUGGUCAGGACCUGUACAGAGAUGAAAACCUGGUGAUUACGCUGGGUACCAUCCUCUUGAUUGGGUGCAUCUUGUAUUCUUGUUUGACAUCAACAACAAGAUCAAGUUCUGAUGCUCUGCAGGGGCGAUAUGCAGCUCCUGAACUGGAAGUAGCUCGGUGUUGCUUCUGCUUCGGGCCUGAUGGGGAGGACACUGAAGAGCCGCAGAAUGUGAAAGAGGGACCACGGGUCAUUUAUGAUGAGAAGAGAGGCACGGUCUACAGCUAUUCCUAUUUCCACUUCGUAUUCUUUUUGGCUUCCCUGUAUGUGAUGAUGACUGUUACCAACUGGUUCCACUACGAAAGUGCCAGCAUUGAGACCUUCUUCAGCGGGAGCUGGUCCAUCUUCUGGAUCAAGAUGGCCUCCUGCUGGGUGUGCGUGCUGCUGUACCUGUGGACCUUGGUCGCUCCCCUCUGCUGUCCCUCUCGGCAGUUCUCCGUGUGAGGAUGUCAGCAGGUCCCUUUGCUCAGCAGGCUGCGCUGGAAGAGCUGUCCUUUGAACAAGUGUACCAGGGUCUGAGCAGCAACUGGCACCCUAUGAAAAGCUGAUGCCCCUGGCUGUCUUGAGUGGGUCUGAAGAAGUUUUCAGGGGGAUAAGAAAGAAAAAAGAAAAAACCCAAAUUAACUUUUUUAAAUUCUGAAAUUCCAAAAGAAACUACCAAUUUGUCCCAAAGAAAUUGAAAUUUUCAACCAACCUGACCUUGGGUGAUACAUACCUUUGUAUGACUUACCCCUAGGAACUGGGUAGUAGUUAUGUUACCAUUUUCCUUGGGUAUGCUUUUACCAAGAGUGGUAUAACAUUUUUUUCACAGGGAUAAAAGUUAUCUUGUGUGACCUGUUAUUCUCAUCCUUGGAAUUAAAAAAGCAAGCAAAAUAUUGAGUCCCCAUCCCCCAAAAGAAUCCAGACCCCUCUCUUACUUUCACCUCCUGGAUCAUUUCCUGGAGCCUCUCCCCCAAAGGGCUCUGCUCACAGCUCCCUGGUAUUUAUAGGGUACAAGAGGAAGCGCCUGCCUUUACAUCCACCCUCAGUGCCACCUCCUCAUGGUCCCGAAGCGUUUCCCUUUGUGGUUGUGAUGCUGGGAAUCACAGCCUUCACUCUCCGCCCUUGGCCUUCCCAGAGGGCCCCUUAUCCUUUCUGGGUUUAGCAUCUUUGUAAUAAUGUGAAAAGCACAAUUUGCCAUCACUAUCCAUGUGGUCCCCCACCGUGUUAACACUACCUGAUCCAAGUUACUGCAAUAAGUAGGGCGCUUAUCUGUGGUGGUGUUCAUGUGAUUAUAGAACAAUACUCGUGUUUUCUUUGCCUAAGCCAUGGAAGGCUAUGGUUUCUUCUUGUUUGUGCGAUUAAUAAUAAUACUUUAAGGACCUUAACAAAAAGUUUCUUCUUGGCUGAAACUUGCUGCACCCCCUUUUUCAGGUGUGAGGGUCAGCGUCUCAGCUUCUCCUCUACCUUGAGGCCUUUGAAAUUGUAAAAGCAAAAGAGCAUUCGUUUCCUGAAUUUGCAGUGUGACCACACCAUUAAUAUCCAUUGUGGUUUCAUUUCCUUGGAGUAGGUUUGCUAAGGUGAGACUCCCAGGCAGCCCCUCAGAUAGGGCUGACCAGACAAGUCUAUUAGAAGCUGUGGAGUAACUAAAUACCCUUAGAAGAAGAGGCGGGUAAUUGGGGAUAUUUAAUUAAGCCAUAAACAACAUCUAUAGAAAUUUCCAAAACGUAUUUGUAGCGUAAAAUAAGAAUUGACUUUUGGCAGCUAUGAGAGGUAUGCGUUUUCAGUAUUGGAUGUUCUUAUCAGGGAGGAGAUUUGCUCAGUGGAAACUCCAUUAAAGACCCAGUGGAGAUGCCAUGAGAAUCUUUUUAAACCCCUGGAAGACUUGACCUAGACUCUGUGUGCCCCUCUGUAUGAGUUGAGUAGAACUGGCUCUUACCUAAACCUGGCUCCCAUGUGCCAAAGUGCUGGUUGGGGAAAUUACUCAGAUUCUUCUUUUAAACUCACUCCUGGGCCGGGGAGAUAGCUCAGUCGGUAGAGUGCUUGCCUCUCAAGCACAAGGCCCUGAGUUUGAUCCCCAGCACUGCAAAAAAUAAGUAAAUAAAUAAAUAAAAUAAAUAAAUAAACUUACUCCUUUGCUCUCAAGAAUUCCAAGAGGGAAACAAAUACAGGGGUGAAUUCCUUUAGGAAUUUGCCUUAUUUAUAGUGUUUGAGAUUCAGUUUUAAAAGGCUCUUCAUGUAUGCCUAUUCAGUGUGUGCAUGUUUCUUUUUCUUGGGAAGAACUCUGUACUCAGCAGUUCAGAGCUGAAUCCAAAGUCACCAAAUGAGUUGCACACAAGUCUGAGACCCUAGUGAAGUCAGGGGAGUGCCAGCUCCACAAACCAGUGAGAGUUCAGGAAGUGAGGCUGUGUGUGGCAACCCCCUGGCAGAGGCCACUGCAGUGCCUGGUGCAGUGACGUGGGGGCUCUGGGUAAGCCAAGGUCACCUUUAGGAAACACCACAAGAAGCCCUUUAAUAGUCAGCAUGGAGCUGCAGGCAGUGUCCUUGGGUUUCUUCCUGCCGAGGUCUAGUCGAGUCCUUGAUUUGUCUUCCCAUCUGGGUGGGUCUGGCAGCCAGCUGGGGUAACUUUAGAAUUGGCCCUUACACCAAGUAAGGGUCCAGCUGACAAGGCCAUACACUCCUUGGCAUGCCUUUGUUGGCCCCUUUCCUCUGCAGGACACUCAGGGAAAUAAAAGAGGACAAUGCCAGUGGUGGCCCCUCACACUGGCCCCCUCGUAGCCAGCCCAGCCACCCCCAUUGUCCAGCUGCACACACCUUGGUUUGUGGCACAGUGUUCUCCUCUGAAGGUGGGUCUGAUGCAGGAGGAAGAGUUACAGUCCUAAUUUUUAUUCUCAGUGCUAACAAGGUUCUGGGAUGCCCAUAGGAGAGGUGGCUGCACUCUGAGAACUGAGGGUAUAUAGGUAAGAAGUCAACUUUAAUGAUUGUAAAUAAUAAGAAACAAUAUUCAGGUGAUGAGUCAACAUUGAUAGGGUUUUUUGUUUUUUUUUUUUUUAAUACCCUAUGUUUUGUGUUAUUGAGACUUAAGAAACUGGAAAAAUUGUGCCAGUUGCUUUGAGUUGCAGUAACAAUGCAAUCAUUUAACUCACUGAUGUCUUUAAACAAUAACAGACCUUUGCUUCCUCCAAGUUUUUGUACCUGAUUACAAAGGUGCCUUUCCUGAAGCUGCUGGUCAGGCUCCUCUAGAGAUGAAAGCUGAAGAUUUUAAGAAACUGGGGGCAUAUGUUUCCUCCAGGCCAUUCACCUGAUGUGGAAAAUUUCUCCCUCAUUGUCAUGAGCGAGACUCUUCUCAAGUCUUCAGAAAACCUGCCACAUCAUUACUGGGUUGAGCUUUUGUAAUUCUGGUUGGUUGUGGUUUUAUCCUCAUAGUUUCUUGGGAAAUCGUCUACAAAUUGUGUUUGCCAGACGUUUAUUGAGUAGAUAGACUACGGGUGUAGGCGGGAGGGAGGGUGGAGUUGCUGGGACUCUGGGGCUAUGUUUCCAGGAAGUAAUGGCCAGCAGGGGAGUUCCUACAUUGAGUACUUACAGUUCCUCAGAGGAUCCUUCACUGUGGAUGACCUCAGCCUACAGUUAAUCACCCCGCUCCUCCACUUGUUGCCCUCUGCCUUUUUAAGAUGAUGUACUUAUUUAAUUUUUGCCAGACAGUUUACCACCAUUGGUGCUUCAUGUUAUCCUGUGAAGGGAAUUCCAGGGCCUGUAUUUAAGCUUCCUGGGCUUUUUUUCUUCCUAUUGCCUUUCUAAAUAAUAUCUCAUUUUGUUGUGCACUCACAUCCUACACCUCUUGGAGUUGAAAGACGGCUUUGCCCACAACCAAGAGGGUUCUGAUCUUGAGCUAAGACCCUGAACAUCCAGAGAAACCAGUGGGCCCUCCUCCAUCAAGGACAGUGCAGGUAGCCACUUGGCUCAAGGAACCGUGAGAUGUUCUCUGCAACUUGCUAAUAAGCUGAGUUUUGCAUUUCAGGCAGAGAAGGGUUCUCUCAGGUUGAACCUGUGACUUCAGAGGAUGGCAGAGCUAUUCACACGGAUCUUUAGAUCUCUUUUCUUCUUCAGUAGAUAUUCACAGAGUUGGUCAUUUUUGAAAGGUUGAAAUAUUCGGCUUUUACCAAAGAGGCUUUUUGUUUUUAUUUUAAAGCAAAAUCCUUUCAGAAAAAACUUAAUGGGGGAAGGGAAGAUUAAGAAUGCAUAUGUCCAAAUCCACUUCUGUAGAAGUUUAAUCAUAUUCAUGUGAAUAAAAUGGAUAGAACUGUUCAAAGGUAAUCCUUUGGGUUAAAGGAUCCUGGGAAAUUCCCUCAGGUAAAGAAAGCUUACAGCAGAUGCAUAAUAUAUGUCUUGAGAGCUAUUUAUAAGAAAUUUAAGAGAAUUGUUUUGUUUUCCUUUAUUAAAGAUUUAAGCUUUUUAUUUUGCAAAGAAAAAUGACAAUUUUAUAGUCAUAACUUUGUUAAUUUUUUAAACUUUUCUGAAACAAUUAGCUGUAGCCAAAUUUUGUGGUUACGUUUUGCUAUAUUAGAAUUUGAAACUGCAAUAUGUGUGGUAAAUCUACUGUUCGAAGUUUAUAAAGGUCUGUGAUAUGGUUAGAUUUUGCUAACUUUUGAAAUAGUUAUUUUUCCCUUUAGUUACAAAACUGAUUAUGAAUUUGUAUUUGUUUUUUGAAUGCUAAUUUUUCUAUAAAGCACCUGAAGUUGAUCAACCUUUUCCUAUGUAGAAAAUGCAAAACUUGUUAACUCUGUACUUUAAUAAAAUGUAAAAUAAAAAACCAUGGUGUUUUUUUCUCCUGUUAAGAUACAUAUAAUUCAAGUCCUCCAGUUAGUGUUUUCCAAAGGUAUUGACUCACAUGUUGUUAAUCAGGUCUCUUUUCAGCCUUGUAGUGUCUCUGCUGAUUUUUUUUAAAAUUGACAAAUAAAAAUUGUAUGACUUACGAUGUCAAAUAAGGUGUUUUGAAACAGGUGUACAUUCUGGAAUGGUUAAGUCAAGCUAAUUAACAUAAUUACAUAGUCUUUUUUUAUGGUAAGUAUACUUAAAAUCUGUCUUCCUGGCAAUUUAAAUAUACAUUAACAAUAGUCACCAUGGUAUUCAAUGGA